GUUUGUGUACAAACUUAGCGGCGAGGGAGAUGAUAGGGUUGAUGUUCGUCUGUUCACAUAUAAACAAAGGUUCUCGUAAAGUUCGUCGAUGGCAAUGACGUAUCGUUCGAAGCAAGUCCCGUAGAGCCCUUGUUGAUUGUAUUCGGUGAAGUUGGUCGCAACUAUGGUUUGGGCCUGUACACCUUCAACGAUGCCGAGGGGAUGAAGAAGGUUGGCAGCAUGUGUCUGACGCAUCAGAUCGUGUCGCGCGUGGUCUUCUCUCCGACGGGGAGAGAGUUGGUUGCAGCAGUCAUGUGCGCUGGACAUAUUUUCAUUAUGAAGUUGUCAGAAGAUUAUCAACUACAUCUGGUGCGUUACACGGAGCUUGGCAGAGGAUUGGCAGAUUGUGUCAUUAUGAAAGUGGGAGAUUCAAUGAGAGUCUUUAGCCUCGUUCUAUUUUCUGAUAAAUAUACAAUUGGUGAACGUAUAAUUUGCAUUGAUAUGGAAACCGGGAAAGACAAUAAAUUCGCGGGCAAAAUGGCUGGGCCUUACAUGCGUCUGCUACCGCUCAGUGCAAGAGAUACAGCGAUAGGAAUACCGCAUUUAACCACAUUGUUGCAUCCGUUGCGUUUGUCUGGAGAGAAAGGAGUGACAGUUUCUGUCAAAAUGGCGCCAGCUAUAGAGACUGGACACCAGCUAAAGCAAUACAAUGCCUUUGUCAACAAUGGCGCUUUAAUGACGUUUAGCUACGACGGAACUCUCGUACUCCGAAAGUCUCAUGCAACGGAAGAGUAUGAUUUAAAAUUAAUCCUGAGCCAUCGUUACGAGACUGGUAUCAAGCAGGCUGUCAUUGACUCCAACCACACGUACGUGGCUCACUUGGCCGGGAACAGGACGCUGGUGGUGCACCACCUCCACGGCAUGCGGGAGGACUUGGAUAAGCCGCCGUGCCAUGAGCCUCCGUCUGAAGAUAUGUUCGAUGAGGGUCUCCAUACUAUCUCCAUUAUGGGUCGAAAUGAUAAGAACUAUCUCGACCUCCAAGAGGAUAAAAGGGUAAGAGAAGAGACGAUGGAUUACAAGAAGCAACGUGAGGAGCUGGUGAAGAAUUUUGAAGCCAUUCAAACGCGUGUCGUUGCCCUAUUAGAAGAGAAUAUAGCAGAAAUACCACUUCAUCAACUAUCGCUAUCCGAGUUUAAUUUGCAUCUUGAAAAUAAGAAGGAGAGAAUGAAACAGGCGGAGAAAGAACGGGAACUUAUCCGUUUGGAAACGGAGGCCCGCAUCAAAGCACAAGACGUGGUGACGCAGUGGAUCAAGAAGUAUUGCUGGGACACGAUGAUGACGCCGCGAGUCAAGUUACUAGCGAUAUUUAGCCACUAUCAGGUAGAAAAUUAUGCGGUUCUUCCGACGCAACGAGACAUGUGGCCGGAGUUACAGCUGAUUGCUGCUUUGCGGGGCGUCGAGAUGGAGAACGACGCAGACCUGUUCCGGCCGUGGGAGGAGCAUGUUGAGAGAACCAGUGUGGACGAAGUUCCCUUACCCGCCGCUCCCGUGUCUGCGUUGUCAUUGAGAUCAAUUCGCAAAAGCACCGACAGCCAGAUGGUGACCAACGUGGUUCCUUCUGGGGAGUCCAUCGAGGGCUCACCUUACGUCCUCUCCGGCUCCAACGCGCACAAGUUCAUCGACAUUCCGCCCUUCAUCAUACCGCAGACCCUCGCCUUCAGCUUCCUUCAGAUGAACUGGUCGCAGCAAAUUACGAAAUUGAACGUUCAAAACAUGAGGCUCUGGUUCAACAAGCAGUUCGACGAUCUGAUGGCUCAGAAAAAACGCGAAGUUGGUCUCGUGAUGGAGAGGAACUCUCGACUGCGAUUCAUAGUCGAUGAGCUCAACAAGUUAUCUGAUCUUCGAGGAAGCUUCCACCACCUGAGCGUCGGGAUCUAUGACCCGGAGUGGCGGCAGGAGGAACAGCCGGAGAGACUCAUCAAGGUUGACCCGGAAGAGUGCAGCAUAACACCUUAUAUAAGUCCGAGUCAAGUGGUUGUUCCGCCACCGGAGCCGAAGCCUAAGGAUGACUUCCGCGAGAGGGCGCUCAUGGAGAUGAUGGACGGAGUGCUGGAGAAGCUGUGGCACGAGGAGAUAAAGAAGCCGAUACCACCACCCCAGUGCAUGCUAGAGAAGGAACCGGAACACUUCAACGAGGACGAUCUGCGCCUGGUGUUCGACUACGAGGCCAAGGUGGCCUUCCGCAACGAGGAGAGGGACAAGUACCGCAAGAUGCUCCAUGCUGAGUACGCGAAGCUCACCCAGGUGGUCAACGAGGGCAUCGUCAAGUUCAACCAGAAGGUAAAGGAGAUGUGGCUGACGAAGCUGAAAGUGGACUCCGUGAUUGGACAAGAGAAUCUGAACCUGAUGCGGCUGCGGAGAGUGAACCUGGAUCGUGUGGAAAUGGCAGAGAAAUUAGAGGAUAUGCGAGAAAAUAUUCACAAGACUGAGAAGGAACUGGAGAGGCUGCAGAGUGAGUUGCACCAGAUCAAUGAGCAAGCGGAGGAGUGUCAGAGCUCGUACGACGGGCUGGCGCAGAGAGACCGCCAGCUCGACAAGACCUUCAAGAAUCACUUCGCAGACUUGUCGCCCAUCAUCGUGGAGCAGUGCUACAAGGUGUUUAGGAAGCGACCCAAAUGGCACCAGCGAGCUACCAUGAUACCAGUGGUGUUGUAUGACCUGGCCAACGCCAUCCUCACUGGACAGAAGCCGCCGUUGAUGCACCACGAUUGUGUGGAGUAUUUCAAAGGGGUGGAUUUAUUGGACCAGAUCAGUAACAUGCCGCCAGUGAUGGAUGAAGGUCUGUGGCACACUACGUGCAAACUGCGCAGAGUCAAGAUUGAAAAUGAAAUUAGAAUGCGAGCUGUAGCCCAGGAGAUGACGUACGGGGAGAGCGCGUGCAACACUUGGAAAAAUGCCGUUCACGCGAGGAAGGUCCGAAUCGCGCAGACCAACGAGGACAUACGGCAACACCGUGAUGAGGUUGAGUUCCUAGCCAGGAACAAAACUAUUCAGUUGGUGCUGCCAGCAGGGCAGGUGGAGAUCACGACGACGGGACACUUUGCUGAUUUCGAAGACGCCACGCUCAUCCGCCGCGAGGACAUUGAAUCUAUUAACAACUUGAUAUUGAAAGUGGGAGAUUGGAAACUGCGCAUGAUGCGCAAGCAGAUGGACUUCCGCAAGGGCAUCCUGGCGAAGGAGUGGGAACACGCACAGAUGAAAAUGAAACUGAGGCACAUGGAGCAGGAGCUCUACUCCUACCGGAGACUGAAGGUACCAAAAGAACUUCAGUAUUACCUGAAGAACAAAGAGCUGGGUUACACAGACGAGCAAGAUUACGUGCGGCUCGAGAAAGAGAUGGAGGCGUCCAAGGUGUCUGUCAACAAGAUACUGGAAGAGCAGAUACGAAGAGUCGAGGAGCUUGAGAUAAAGAUAGAUGGCGUAGCGGCCCAGGCGCAACAGUUGGAGAAGUUCAUAGUGAGCCUGAACGUGAAAGCAUCGGAGAAGAAGCUGAAUGAAGAUCCACUGGAGCCGAUACGGAUCAGAAGAGUUUUCAAAAAGCGUAUGGAGACACUGGUAGCCCGCAGCAAACUAAUCCGCGACGUGCAGGCGAACCACUCCACUAUCGUGCUGCUGCAGACAGAGCUGGAGCUGCUGCGGCUGAAGACCUACCCCACGCUGGCCAGCUUCAGGACUAUUGACUAGAGAGAUUAUUGAGUGGCUACAUAACUACAGAACACCAAUAAUAGAAGACUGAGAAUGACAUAAAAUACAAUGUAAUGAAAAGAGACCACAAGAGCCAAGGCCACAAAUGAUUUAAUUAUUAUGCAUAGGUACAAAUAAAACCCCAAGCAUGGCCGUAUCUAUACAUUAAAUAAUAAAAAAAAAAACAGUUAUACAUAAACCGAGACAAAAAUAGAUUUUAGAAUAUUUGUCUGUUUGAUACUGCAAGCUUAUCUCAGAAACCGCUAAACCUAUUUAAAUGCAGUAUUCUCUGAUGUAUUGUGGUUAAGUCUAUUUACUGUUUGUUUUUAUUCCAAUUAGUUGACAUACUAAUUCAGUCAAUCGAUAUUUUUUUACCAAAACUUCUUUUAAACAAAAUUUAGUUUCGUAUGUGAGCAAGCAAUGAUACAUAGUUAUUGCAUUCAGAGUUUCUAUCACUAUUGUAUUAAUGAGAAUCAAUUCAACAAGACAACUCAACUAACUCAACAACUCGAUCAAAAAGAACAAUGCAUACAAGAUUUUAUAAAUGAUACGUCACUCGAACGCUUGGCCCACUUGGAAAGAGCGCAUGCACGGAAUGCGAGAGAUCGCGGGUUCAAAACCCGCAUUGUUCAUAAAAUUUUGUUUUCUGUUUUAUUAGUGUAAUUAAUCCCAAAAGUGAGAAUAUCAUUUUGAAAAACAUAACAAAUUUUAUAAAUUAAAUGAACACACGGGUAGAAAUAUUAAAACGCAAUCAUAAGGGAAUUAAAUAAUUGAAAUUUUGAAACAGACAAGUUAUAAUAUAUUUUUAUUAGCCUUACGUAGGCGCUUCUCAGCUACGAGUUCUGCUACGACUACAGUGCGGCGUGGGUUUAGCAGGUACCUACGCUAACGCGCGACCACUAGCUUACUCACAAGGUUGUUCUGAAUUAUGGUAUUUUAAAGCAUUUACUUAUUUGGGUGGGUUACGUAAUUUUUUGUAGCUUUAUCCUGUGCGUUCAUUUAAUAUCGCCAUUAUACACUGAAAUGAAAUGAAAUGAUUUUAAAUCAAAUUAUUUGUUUUACUUUGGAAUAAGGUGUGUCCAGAUCUUACAUAUUACUAUUUGUCCUUUAUCCAGCUUAAAUUAAAAGCAAGCAAAAGCUUAACACUUAUUUAAAUAUUCAUUAAUAUUAUUAUUUUCAAUCGGCCAUGUAUAGAGUCUUGGUGUAAACAUUUUAUUUGACUGUAUCUGUUCCACUUCUCCACAACUUUCAGUCUCUUCGUGCAGCUUUUUGUCGAGAGUCAUUAGUUCAUUUUUUCACUCAUUUGUUCCCUCCUAUUAGGGCUCCACCGGGACACCACCGUCCGCUAGCUAACUUCUAGUCUGUAAGCUAACACCUAGCUGGUCGCGCCACCAAAUGCGCCAGUGGGAGGCUCCUUUGCACAGGAUGCCGGCUAGAUUAUGGGUACCACAACGGCGCCUAUUCCCGCUGUGAAACAGUAAUGUGUAAACAUUACUGUGUUUCGGUCGGAAGGGCGCCGUAGCUAGUGAAGUUACUAGGCAAAUGAGACUCUGAGAUGAGACUGAGAUGUUUAGAAUUUUUGUGUUUUUCAAGAAUCCUGAGCGGCACUGCACUUUAAUGGGCAGGGCGUAUCAAUUAAAAUCAGCUGAACGUCUCGUUCGUCUCGUCCCUUAGUGUCAUUUAAAAAAAAGGAAUUCGCAACUCUAUAGAGCUGUAUACAUUUUGUUGGAAACCGCGACUGGUUGCGCCACCUUUGGACCAUGGUGGUGGUAUUGUUUCGUUUUGGAAUCCACUCCAGAGCAUGGCGGCUAAUGUUGUUGUUGGCCUUCUUCUUCUUAAAAUGAUUAGACAUAUACUAAUCCUUUA